CUUUUGAAUAUUUUUCCUUGUCGGAGGUUUCUGUCUUCAACUAUUACUUGUAUCAUUAAGGGUUCAUGAGGAUACACUUCCCUUUGUUGCAGGUCUUUUUCUGUGAAGCUCUCACUUUUUCUUAAAGAAUUCUUUGCUUCCAAUGUUACUGGCGAGGUUCUUUCUUUGCUACGUACUUCAGACGUUGUUUGCAUUCCUCUGUAUCAUGUCCAUGUUCUCCAUGAAAGGCGCAGAAUCGCAUCUGAUCUCUUCUAGUUGGGUUACUCGCCAUUCUUGCCGACCAUUGCAGCUUCUCUAUUUUCUUUGCUACGUUGAAGACCUCUGUCCUGCUGGUGUUUAAAGGUGUGAGUGUUGUAUAUCCCACAAAUUCUCUCUGUGUCCGGGGGUGUCUAUCUCUCAGGUUGUAUCUUGAUUGUUUUCUAUCUUUGGUACUUUUAUUAUCUAUAUCUUUUUCUAUUUUCUGCUUUCUUCCUUCUUCUAAAUUUGAUGUUUCUUGUGCUUCUUUUACUGCCGCCCUUUCUUUUACUCUGAUGUACCUUUCCGCCCUUCUUAAGAGAUCAUUAAGGCUAGUGGGUUCUCGCUUGUUUAGAGAUCUAUAGAAACUUGAGUCUUUAAGUCCGUCCAUUAGAGCAUGCAUUGCAACGCUUUGGUCCAAUCAUUCUACUUGCAUAGCUUUGUUGUGAAAUCUUGCUAUGUAGGCUUUUAGUGACUCUUGUUUUUUGUUUAAUUGUUAGGAGAUGAUGGUUGGUCUUUUCGGGGAGCUCUGUUGGCAGUGAAGUGAUUGAUGAACAUGUUCGCAAAUUGAUCAAAGGUUUGGAUAGAUUUUUCUGGUUCCCUGAUGAUGUCGUCUGUAAAGGCUUUUUCCACUGAAGUUGUGUGUGCUGGUUCUGCAUACCUCUGCCUGCCUGCUUCUAUUUUUGCUAGAUGUUGUCGUAAUACCUCAAUUUCUUUGUAAAUACCGUCAUCAUGAACCUGUGUUUCUGUCUUUUGUGGUCCUGUUGCCGUGAGUAUGGCUUCUUGGAUUUGUUGGCUAGCCUUCCUUUGGUUUGAAUGUGUACGAGGUAUCAUGUUUUUACUUCGAAAAUUGUAUUGAGUGAAAGCUGAAGAUGGUUGUAAGCUCGUGUCGAUUGUCAACUCUGUCGAUCUUGAAGUAUCUCUUGGAUUCGUGCUUGAUGAAGAGGAGUUGCUCAUUAUGGCUUUGCUUCUGGAAUCUAGGGUGAUUUUGCUAGGAGGUGAUGAAUUUUCUGAAUUUUUCAUGUGGUAUUCGUGGAUCAAAAAGAACUGGGCCCCACGGUGGGCGCCAAAUGUUAACCGUAAAAAUAGAGUAGGUAGUGUGAGACCAAGAUCUUUAUUGAUAGAGAGUGUUUACAAUAGAGGGAGAAUGAUGGUGGAAAAAUAAUCUACCUCCUUAGGUUGAUCCUAGAGGUAUUUAUAGGAUGCUUAAAUAUAGUUAUUCUAGGAAUACAGUUUUAUUUGAUUG